AUGUUAGGUGGAGGGGGACUUGAGAAGCUGCUCUACUCUGAAAGUCGGAUUUUCCUCGAUCAUGUGAGGCCCGCAUUGAGAAAAGGGACGCCUCCAUUAUAUUUGAACGGCCAGCCAAGGCCAGUGACGCGACUAUGUCCGACGGGAUUGAGCGUGCGGUGUCGGGCGUCAGGCCGAUCGGGAAUGACGGAACAGCGGCCCCAUGGAGACCCUUAAGCAUUCAUGGAAAAGAACAAAAUAGCUGCUUUUCACAGAGAGAGAGAGAGAGAGAGAGAGAGAGGUUUCAAGAACUGGCUGAGGAGAAUAGGGAAGGAGAGAGAGUGCGAGAUGGUUUAA